CUGUCACACUCAAAUGGCGCUAGUUUCGGAAUGCAUUGACUGGCUACAAGGUGAGCGGUAUAGCUGUGUUUGUGGACUUGAAGAGUGUGUUACAUAACUAAAUAGGGAGAGGAUUAGACAUAGCCUGAAUAUCUGAUUAACCAGUGAUCGAAACGUGGUGAUUAGGUCGAAGGAAAACAAACUAAAUCAACAAGGAUUUAUAACGUGUGUAAUACAGUAGCCUAGUCUAAUACACCCGAUUGACACCGGACUUAUCGCCAUAUCUCUCUCUGGCGAUCUUCGGAGUGAAAUCUGUGGGAUUUAUUUCGAAAAAUCUGAAAGUGUUCUUAAUAUUCGAUAUGUGUGUUAAUCCUUUGCUGAAAUGACCAUGAGUUGUAUUAGAUAGAGCACAAGCCAUGGAAAUCGAGAUGACGGAGAUGUCUGGGCCAGCCACCCAUUCCUCCUAUCCCACAGUGUCGCUGGUAGACAAGCUCCGAUUGGCUGCCAGCAAUGGUCAGGUGGACAAAGUGCAGGAGCUCAUCCAAUUGGGGGCCACGUUUCAUCCAGACAAGGAGGGUCGGACACCUUUACACUUUGCUGCAGUGAAAGGCUUUGUUGAAGUGUGUAAGUUCCUGGUAGGUCAUGGCUGCCCUCUGGACGAGCAGGACUCGAUGGGGUACACAGCAAUACACAGAGCAGCCUCUCAAGGUCAUACAGAGGUCAUACGACACCUACUGGAGGAGGGAGGAUCAGCCGACACACAGGACGAGCAUGGGAACACAGCUCUACACGAAGCUUCCUGGAAUGGUUACAGUUCUGCCCUGGAACUACUCAUCAAACACAACUGUAAUGUUGUAGUGACUAACAAGGCGGGCUUUACUUCCCUACACCUCGCAGCACAGAACGGACAUAACCAGAGUACACGUGUCCUGUUGUACGGCGGCUGUAAUCCCGACCUCAAAAAUAAUUAUGGUGAUUCAUCUAUCCACACGGCGGCCCGAUAUGGACAUGCUGGGGUCACACGCAUCCUCAUUAGUGCUAGAUGUUGUUUGAACUUACAAAAUAAGAAUGGUGACACAGCACUACAUAUUGCAGCUGCUAAACGACGGAAGAUUGCAAAACUUCUGGUGGAAGCUGGGAUAGAUGUUUUUAUAAAAAACAAGCAAACCGAGACUGCAGUUGAUGUUGCCAGGCGGAAGGAACACCCGGAGAUCAUCCUCAUUAUUACAUCUUUCACAAGGUCCAAGACCCCAAAGAGCCAUAAAGAAGUCAAUUUUAAGGAUGUACCAGGCAGUACUAUGGAUGGUCCUGUGGUAGUCCCAGACGAGGAUGCACCCAUCAAAGCAGACAAACCCUCCAAGGAGAAAUCCAAGUUCUUCUUCUUCAAGAAAAAGAAGAAGGACAAAGACAAAAUGGAGGAAGGCAAGACUGGGACCCCAGGUCAACAGACGGCUCAGAGUGAAAAGGACAAAGUUCAGGGGUUCUUCAGCCAGUAUAUACCUCGGCCUGGCAGUCAGUAUUACAGGGAUCUGGCUGGUAACAUCAAACAGGGUCCGAUAGGCUACACGCCCCUGUGUCAGUGUGGACCAGCCUUACACAAGUUGGAGCAGCAUGUCAACAACAAUAGUGAAAAUAUCUAUGAGCACAUUGAUGCAUCCAAUCAGGUACUGCAUCAACGUCUCAACCAGCUCGACAAGCGCACCGCCCAACAAGUGUUCGCCAUAGAUAAACUCACCAAAGAGAGGCUGCAGCGUGAAGAGAGAAACUGUAAUGAUAGAAUUUCACAAAAACUACAGGAAGAGAGAAAUUUCAUGUUGAAAAAAUACACAGAACAAACACGCAUGGAAGUGGAAGAUUGGCUCGAGGCCAAAUUAUCCUCAUAUGGCCAUUGUUUGAGCCAUCACCAUGACGAUUCUGCUCUUCCUAGCAAAAACUUUUUCACAGACAUUCACGAAAACGAGAAUGGACGUUUGUUUCGGUCUCGCUCAGACGAGACACUUUCUCAGUCGGAUUAUAGUGUAAAACAUAAGAAACGUGAGUUUUACGAAUCACGACAAGCAGCUAUGCAACAACUACGAGCAUGGCAAAAUGACGUAAAAGAAGGAAAGGCGAAACAAAAUGAGAGAAUUGCUCGUGAAAGUAACCUUGGCAAAGGUACAAUAUACUCAAGCCAAGGUCAUAUGCAAGUUGGACAAAUUCAAGUACAUUCCGCACCCAAAGGGGACAGUUCACGUGAGGAAAAUACGCGUGGAUCUAGAGUGACUUUUAAUCUUCUUUCGCCAAGUACAGCGUCGACGAGUCGGACACCUUUUGUUCAAAGUCCGGCUGACUCUACCGAUAUUAAAAUGUAUGACAGUCAAGGUGCUAUUCCUAAACGAAUCCCCCACUCGCAAACGUGGCAAGGUUCAGAACAAUUUCGUAAUUCUCCUGUUAAGCGAGAGUCAAGUCCCCUCACACACAGUACUCCAAAAUCUCACGAUUCUAGUCCUUAUGAAACUGUGGGUGGUGUGAAAAGGGGAGCCAUGGUCAGAAGUCACACAACUGACCCCGAUGGUUUCCAAAGGUCAAGUCAAAGGUACAAUCAACACCAUCAUGUUGAUCCCACGUAUCAACGAUCAAGUCAAAGGGACUCUUCAACCACAAGGCCAAAUCAAACGGAUUCAUCGGACGGAUUUCACAGAACUAGACAGAGACAGAGUUUUCCCGAAAGGGGGUCCUCAAACACAAGCACAGGAAAUAUUCCGACCUCUAAUUCCUCCGGUGCUGGAAGGAUCCCCUUGGGAGCCAGCAGUCCAGCAUCGGCAUCGGUAAAGGGAUUAAUUCCAAACCCACUUUCUCAACGUUUGGAUAUCCAGAAAAGGACGCGAAGACUCAGCCUCGACCUGCCAGUGUGGCAGAUAACAUGGUGGGGCCUAGUGUUAAGCGCGAGUAGUGGUGAUCAAACGAACUCUCGUACAAAGGACGAGAGUUCAUAUGGAUCAGGGGUGAAAGAAGUGAAUCCAUAUGGUUCUGUUUCUGUUGUGAAAGGUCUUUCACGGACAAAUCCUUCACUUCGACAAGUUCCAAAACCACCAGAAAAACCUGAAUUUCUUAGGAAGGAAAAUAUUUCAAAGCAGAAUGAUAUGUAUGGCUAUUUUGUGAAAAAUAAGGAUGACAUGUAUAUGUCCAUGCAACCAAAAGUUCCUCCAAUGAUGCAAAGGACACGAUCUUCUGAUGAGCUUCUUCUGGAAGAGAAUGGAAUAACAUCUGCUCAUGAAAUGGCAAAGAGAGGAGGAAGUGCAGAUAGAACAUCAAUGGGUCAAAGGUCAAUGAACCACACACCCAAUGACCUUGAUGCAAGGUUAUCUAGUGCUCAAAAUACAAACUAUGUGUCAAAUAGCCAAGGUCACUCAACCCAAGGUCAAAGUGGUCAAGGUCAGUGGUCAUCUUAUGUGACCAGGGGACAGAAUAAAGCAGGUUGUUCAACACCUGUCGGUCAACAGGAGGGCUCUGUUCCAGCUAGCUAUGGUCAGUAUUCUGGCCGUGUCUUACGGACUCCAGAAAGUCAUUAUGUCAGUAUGAAUAACGAUCACUAUAGGAUGACAUCCAUUGGGGAGAAAAAUAGGAUAAACAAUAGUCGACCACCUGUGGAAAAUCCUUAUGUGUCGGGAAAGGACGUGUCACAGUACCGACGCGGGGACAUAAGUCCCGCUCCAUAUCAUAGCACAUACAAUAUGAAUAGGGUUGGACAUAGUGAUGAUUAUGAUCUCAUAGAAAAUGUGGAAAAAUCAAGGAAUAUGAGUAAAUCUGAGUCAAACUUGUUAGACAGGACCACUGGGUCUAGUAAUAGUGGAAACUCCCCACGUGGAGAUCUUCGUGUGUGUAGAACACCGGUUAGUGUCGGGGAGGAGGCCGACAAGGACCAUUUACGAAACAUGUCAAAUUAUCCUAAUGCGUAUAACAAGGAAGACUCUAGUAGCAAUCCAGAUAGCGGGUACAGCAGCAAAAUAUUUGGCAGUCGGCUCCGUCCAGGAAAUGCCCCUAGCAACAGUGGGUCGCCUUCAUUUAACAGUGGUACGCCAUCUUCAUCAUUCAGUACGGAUCAUAGCAUCUCCACGCCUGGUCAUAGUCACUCAAACUCUCCAUACAUUCCAGUGAACCACGCAGACUACCAACAGAUACCGGCAUCACGCGACGAACAUCAGGAAGUUAUUGAAUCACAAGUUCAAAACUGGUAUCAAAAGAAAUUAAUCGAGGCUGCUAACAAACUAACAGAGCCUUCCUAUGAACCGUCACCACAGAAACCUUACCCUGGCCAGGCUCCCAAAAGGAACUUUUACCCCUCUCAUCAACAGUACAGAUCUGACAUUCCUCACUACGGCAACCAACCACAAUACAGCAAUAAAUCAUAUUGUCAUAGCAACUCUACAUACGGAAAUCACCAACAAAUGGCUAGCUUUGUACAGGGCAGCGACGUGUGAAAUGCUGUGUGAUUGGUAGAUGCUUUUGGUAAAGCUGUUUGAUUUGUCAAUGCUUGUAAGGCUAUGUCUGAUCAGUAGAUGUUUGUAAGGCUGUCUGUACUUGGCCAGUGCUUGUUAGACGAUUUUUGAUUGGUCUGAUGUUUGCCAGUGCUUGUUAGACGAUGUGUGAUUGGUCUGAUGUUUGUAAGGCAGUUUGCUUUUAUUUGCAGACUCAAAAAUUCCUGAAUGAGAUUCUGAUUGUACAAAAUAAAUUCAGCAGAAAUGUUGUCACAUCAGUUACUAUACUGCUAUAUUAUACAAGUCUAUUAUGAAUUAAGGUAGGGACAAAGAAGCGUGAAAAUUGUUCAUGCACAGAAGUUACUUAUGUAAUUAAAGUAAUUUGGGUAAUCAAAUAGCCAAGAUUUUUUACACAGAAAUUUAAAUCCCAUGGCCCGAGUGCUUUCAUACAAUACCUGCGUACUUCCCUUAAUCUUCACACCUGUUAACAGCACAAAUUAUCAUAUUUGAUUGACAGGUAUUGCUAAACAAAAAAAUUUGUAGACACCUGCACUAUGAUUUCAUUUUUGGUAGAUUGUCUCAAAAAUUGUGUUUACACUGCGGCUCAUCAGGAGUAGUUGAUCUGUAUUCAACGCUAGUUCAAGUAAAAGCCAAACCGCUAUGGUAGUCAGUUCAGGAAAACAGUCUCGUCAAAAAAAUCAAAUGUAUAGUAUUCGAAAUGUUCACAAGUUCAACUAUCUUUUAUGGGAAAAAAAUAUCAAAACAAAUAGCAAAAUUAUUAGUUUUGCAAGAAUGCAAUAUCUUUUAGUGCAGGUGUUAAGAUAAGUAAUGUAUUUCUAUUGGAACCUGAAAAAAAAGUUCCUUGGUCUAAAUUCAAACAAUGAUGAAACAUCUGGACUUUUAUAAUGUAUUGAUUUUAAAACUGUAAUUUUGGUGCUGGUUAAGUUAAAUAUGUUUUGAACAUCUUUCUAGUGCAAUGAAAACAUUCCUUAUUAUGAAACCAUUCUACUAAAACACUGGUACAUGUAUGGCUAAUCACAAGGUGUAUUUUUAUCCAGAAUUUGUAGGUUUUUAGUUCAUCCAAAAUUUUCUUACUUUGAAGCCAUACUACUGAAAACAUUGACAAAGUUAAGAAGGAUAAACAAAAUCGUAGAUUUAUGAGUAUUUAUUUGGACACAGGGUGAAUAUUUACCCCGGAUUUGUAGAUUUGAUAACAAAUCUUAAGACAAGUUACUCGUUAACCAAACAUUAGUGCUAAUUAGUUGAUCUACAUUAGUCUAGACUCCUCUUCAAUCUUUAUAACUUAUAAACUUUCUAGCAGGUGUAGAAUUUGUUUCAACAAGAUGGCGUGACGUCGUUGCUUUUAGAAUCCAGUUAAUUAAUUAUAGUGUUUUUGAUGUUAAUGAAAUGGCAGCUAUCGUAUUUUGUACCUACUGUUAAUAAAUUACAGUCUUCCACUAUAAAACAUAUCAACAAAUAUAUUGAUAUAAUCCCUUCAUAUAAUCAUGUUACAUCACGCCAGACACACUUGUUAUUCUAAGGAAAAUGAAAAAAAAUGUACAAUUUGUUCUGAUUUAAGAAACACCUGCGAUAUGAGAUUAUUAUAAUGGCAUGCGAAAGACAAUUAUAGGGCACUGUGACGUCACUGUCGAUCGACAUUCACACACAGGUGUCCCGUUAUCUUCAAUAUGAUUUUCAAUGGUUCUUUUAAAAACAUAUUCUAGCUAAACAUGAACGAACUAUAGCCCACUUCUAAUUUCUCAAGAAUUUAAAAAAAAAAGAAAAUGAAGAAAAAUAUUUGAUUAUAUUUAUGAUAAGCUAUUCAAACAAAAAGUUACAGUGCAAUCAUGUGUUUGAUAAACAAGACGUGGUAUUUUAAUAUUGAAUUUACCUGGUAUGUAAGAUUGACCAUUUUCUUCAUUUCAUCUUUAAGUUGUGAAAUAAUUUUUUGGGGUAUUGUACUCCAUGAGAUUUUAAGUCACUAUCUACAUCUUGAUUUGGAAUUGUCACAAAUAAAAACAUAUCAUUAGAAAUCCAUUUUUUAAUCUAAAUUAUUUUUUAUAAAACAUGAAAUGCUACAUCCACGUUCUGAAGUGACUUUGUGUUCAGAUGAUUUGUAAAUGUCGGCCCAUAGUUACUGUAUACUAGAGACACUUGUUUGUAAACAAUGUACAUAUUUUAUUUGUACAUUAUGUACAUGUAUUAAUCUAGUAUUUUAUUUAUUCCAGCUGUUGACACUUUUUUAUUUGUACAUAUUAUUGAAUAUUCCAUUUUAUAUACAUAAUUGUGCAGGUCCUGGAGAUGUCAGGAUAUUUAAAUAUUUGUAAGAUAUAUAGGACAGAAAAAUGACUUGAACUUUUAUGCAAACUUUUUUUUAUAAAUAUGAAUUCCAAGCCUAAAAGUUUGUACAAAGUCUGUCCAUUAAAAUGUAUGAAUAUAUUAACAGAAUCAUAAAAUGAUCUGAUACAUAUUAAAACAAUUUUAAACUUGA